GAGGGAGGUUCACCCUGCGUCAGCGCCGCGAAGGAGGGGUUCGCAUCCCGGGACAGCCCUAAAUCAGAGCGCAGGAAGGAAGCGGCCGCUCGCCUCUCGGCCGGAGCACGGCGACUCUCUGCAGGCACCAGGGCGAUCCCGGAACGGGACGGCGGACCCCGUCCCAAGCGGGUGGACCGGCCCGAUGGAUCCGGCCUCGCUCAGCGAGGAUGAGAUGGCCGAGAUCAAGAAGGAAACCCUCGAGAAACUCCGCCCCUACCUGUGCGAUAAGCUCAUCGCCGAACGGCAUUUCGAUUACCUGCGAGCAAAGAAGAUCCUGUGCAAGGAGGACACAGAGGAGAUCUCUUUCCAGGUAUCGAGCAGGCGGAAGGCAGGAAAGCUGCUGGACCAUCUCACAGAGAACCCCAAGGGCCUGGACACUCUCAUCUGUUCCAUCCGAAGGGAAGGAACACAGAACUUCCUGGUGCAGAAGAUAACAGAUGAAGUUCAGAAAAUCAAAAACGAGAAACUAUUCCAGAAAGGAGUCUUCUCGAGCAGCUAUGACCCAGCGGAAGACGUGUCCAAAAGAAACAACCUCUCCAGGUUCUGCUCAACUGACUCCAAUAGUUUGAAGGGGAUGGAGGUGAACAUUCUGUGUCACCCAGAGGGGGAGUUCAGUCCUGAGCCGUCUGCCUCGCCCCUCCUCUCCCCUCUGGAGCUACAGUCCACCUCGUCGUUGGAGAACACUGCAGUCAUGAGCAACUUGGAGACCAUGGCCACGACAUUGACUCUGCCCAGACCAGGAGAGCCCGGAGCUCCACCUCUCCCCCCCAAACUCCAGACCGAAUCCACGGGAUCCUCCAGCAGUCCCAGUGACUCCGAAUUCUUGCCCCUGCGGUCCCGCUCCCCAUGACCCGUCACGGCCCCGACAAGAGCAGAGGUCUUUCGAAGGUCUGCGGUGCAUUGUGGGGGAAUGGAGGAGUGAGGUUACGUGGUUUGAAUUCUCGUGGCAUUCUCUGUAUCUUUGUUAUAUUCUGGUUCAGAACCACACAAUUUCUUUCUUUCUUCUUUGGGAUUUUGGUUUUACUGAGGGCCAACGACUGCGGUUGGUGCUGCCUAUCUACACCGUCCUGGCAAGGACGGCUCAACGUUGCUCGGAAGCACCUGGGUCUUUGGGAGCAGAUGAGUGCCUGUGGUUAGCGUUUCCUCAUCACAAUGUCUCUCCGUCAUCCACAAGUCUCUGGGGUGUGAGUAACUGUUCGCCAUCUCACUUGGUCACCUCAGCAUCAACUGUACUCAAGAAACUCUACUGUCCAGGACAAAGAGACCAUAAGACAAAGGAGCAGAAUUAGGCCAUUCAGCCCAUCGAGUCUGAUCUGACAUUCAUUAUGGCUGAUUUAUUAUCCCUCUUAACCCCAUUCUCCUGCCUUCUUCCUGUAACCUUUGACGCCCUGAUUAAUCAAGAACCUAUCAACCUCUGCUUUAAAUGUAUCCAGUCACUUCGCCUCCACAGCCACCUGUGGCAGUGAAUUCCACAGAUUUACCAGCCUCUGGCUAAAGAAAUUCCUCCUCAUCUCUGUUCUAAAUGGAUGUCCUUCCAUUCUGAGGCGGUGCCCUCUGGUCCUAGGCUCCCCCACUAUAAGAAACAACCUCUCCACAUCUACUCUAUCUAGCCUUUCAAUAUUCGAUAGGUUUCAAUGAGACUGUGGCGCCCCCCCCCCCCGAUUCUUCUAAACUCCAGCAAGUACAGGCCCAGAGCCAUCAAAGUACGAGCGUAAGAGUUAAGCCUGCUUGAUCGUUCACAAGCCCAGAGUUUCAUCCCUCCCCACCAGUGCACUGUGGCUGCAGUGUGCACCAUCUACGAGAUGCACUGAGGUCACUCUCCUGGGUUACUACGACUGGGGUCACUGAGGUCACUCUCCCGGGUUACCAUGACAGUCUGAGGUCACUCUCCCAGAUUACUACCACAGUCUGAGGUCACUGAGGUCACUCUCCUGGUUUACUACGACAGUCUGGGGUUACUGAGGUCACUCCCCUGGGUUACUACGACUGGGGUCACUGAGGUCACUGUCCUGGGUCACUACAAUAGUCUGAGGUCACUCUCUCGGGUUACUACCACAGUCUGAGGUCACUCUCCUGGUUUACUACGACAGUCUGGGGUCACUGAGGUCACUCCCCUGGGUUACUACGACUGGGGUCACUGAGGUCACUGUCCUGGGUCACUACAACAGUCUGAGGUCACUGAGGUCACUCUCCCGGGUUACUACCACAGUCUGAGGUCACUGUCCUGGGUUACUACGACAGUCUGAGGUCACUGAGGUCACUCUCCCAGGUUACUACGACAGUCUGAGGUCACUGAGGUCACUCUCCUGGUUUACUACGACAGUCUGGGGUCACUGAGGUCACCCCCCUGGGUUACUACGACUGGGGUCACUGAGGUCACUGUCCUGGGUUACUACCACAGACUGAGGUCACUGAGGUCACUGUCCCGGGUUACUACCACAGACUGAGGUCACUGAGGUCACUCUCCCGGGUUACUACGACAGUCUGAGGUCACUGUCCUGGGUUACUACCACAGACUGGGGUCACUGAGGUCACUGUCCCGGGUUACUACGACUGUCUGCCAUGUGUACUAUCAUCAGGACCAUGUGGGGAGGGAGGAGGGAUGAGCCGCCUUCAGAAACUGCUGUAGUCUUUGGGGAGCAAUUUCCAGCGUUUAGACCCAGUGAAGGUGAAAAAAAAGUGACACUUGCCCCUGCCAGCGGGGUGUGCGGCCCAGUGGGGAACGUGGGGUGGUGGUGUCCCUCUUUGAAAGAGGCCCCAGUCCUCCCCACAGGGCUGAGGGUGAGGCUUUGAGCUUCAAGUGGUUCAGGUGGUUCCAUUUAUGAUCAGAGAAUGUAACUGGAAAUUCUCACUCUUCACAGACAUCAGCGAGAAACAGAACCCUCUGGGUGUCUCUCUCGGUGUCUAUGUGUGUCUCUCUCUCUCUCUCUGUCCAUCUGUGUCUGUGUGUGUGUCUCUCUCUCUCUCUCUCUGUCUGUGUGUGUGUGUCUCUCUCUCUCUGUCUGCCUGUGUGUGUGUCUCUCUCUCUCUCGGACUAACAAGGGACAGAGAGAUAUCACCCAUUUCACAACAAAUGGGGGAAUAAAACAACAGUCACUGUUACAAUGUUAGUCUGCUGGGUUGCUUUUCAUUUCAAAAUUCUCCGACUCCGGAAUUGGCAGCAAAAUCUUUUCCCCCACUCCUCCCCACCACCAUUGAGAGGAGCACGAUCACUCGACUACAGAGACCUCUGCCUGUUGCAAAAUCCGGAUGUUCCUCAGUCAGCAGCACCACCAUGGAAUCUGUUGUCCGCAGGGAGAAUGGCGGAAAACGGCCGUUUGGUCGGUGAGCUCCAAGAAUGGGAAUUCAUCACUGUAAAAAACCGUAGUUCAAGUGUCGUUACAGAUCAGGGACCUCUGACUGAACCCCAGCCACCUUGAAAAGGAAAGAAGAGACACUUAAAGAGAGGAGUUUAAACUGCUUCACAGAUGAGCUCAAAGAGGCAGCCAUUUGGUGUCAUCUUAGUGCUUAUCAAAUGGGAAUUGUAAACAAUAUGUGGGAGAACCUCAGAGACCCAAGCAGAAUGCACGGGGAGGGGAAGGGAAUGAAGAAGGUUCAGUGCAGAACCCUGUACCUGGGGUCUUGUGUUGGAGACGAAAGUGGGGUUUCGGAGGGGAGAGUCACCUGACGUGUAAAGAUCUGUGGUGCUGCGAGAGAUGACAGCCUGAUGUGUCUUGUGGGGUCACAGUUCAGAGUCUCAACCCAAAACAUUAGCAGCUCCUCCCCUCACCCAGGGGUUGCUCGACUGGCUGAUUGUGUGUUGCUCUACAUUCCAGUGUUUGCAGUCUCUCGUGUCUCCAGGAAUUCCAAAUUAGAGCAUAGGACACAGAACGUUACAGCACAGUGCAAGCCCUUUGGCCCACAGUGCUGUGCUGAUUUUUAACCUUCCCCAAGAUCAACCUAACCCUUCCCUCCUACAUAGCUCUCCCAUUUUUCUAUCAUCUACUUGCCUCUCUAAGUUUCUUCGAUGUCCCUAAUGUAUCUGCCUCUACCACCCCGGUAGGGCGUACCACAGUCUCUGUGGAAAAAAAAUCCUGUCUCUAACGUUCCCUGUACUUUCCUCCAAUCAAUUUAUGCCCCCUUGUAUUAGCCAUUUCCACGUUCUGGUGACCAGUUGAUCAACGCCUCUCACCAUCUUGUACAGCUCUAUCAAGUCACCUCUCAUUCUCCUUUGAUCCAAAGAGAAAAGCUCUAGCUCGCUCAACCUGUCCUCAUGAGACAUGCUGUCUAAUCCAGACAGCAUCCUGGUAAAUUGCCUCUGCACCCUCUCUAAAACCCACAUCCUUCCUAUGGUGGGGUGAGCAGAACUGAACGCAGUACUCCAGGAGUGGUCUGACCAGGGUUUCAUAGAGCUGCAGCACUACCCUAACUCAGUCUGCCGACUACUAGAGGACAGAACCCCAUACACCUUCUCAAACACCUAUCAACUUGUGCAGCAAUUUCGAGUAGCGCACACAAAAUGCUGGAGGAACUCAACAGGUCAGGCAGCAUCUAGGAAGAGGAAUCAACAGUGGAAGUUUCAGGCCAAGACCCUUCAUCAGGACUGGAGAGGAAAGGGGGAGGUAGCACAAUA